UAUAUUGGUCUAAAUGUCAUAAAUCUAAGUUACAUUGCUAUUUUUAACGGUUUAACAUCGUGUUCUUGCCUUUUUGAAUUCAGAUGAAAUAGUGCUUUACACUUUAAAUUUUUAUAUCUUACCUAUUACAGUUAAAAAGUUGUUGAAAAGUAUAUUAUGGCCAACAAAAAAAGAAUAAUAAGACCAAGGAAAAGAAAGUUGAACGGCAAUCAGCAUAAUAAUUCCAAUAAUACCAAUAAGCAAUUUGAUACAAACACAGGAAGUUCUACAAGUAGUAAAAAGCUAAAAAAUAAUCUUGAAAAAACAUUAUUUGAUGACGACGAAUUUAUAUUUUUUAUGCAUUUUAAACAAAUGAAAAGUUGUUUUGAAAAGUAUGCUACUUGUAAUAUAUGUGGUACAAAGCUUUCCAUGUUGCAUGAUCAUUCAAGACACUUGGGUUUUUCUUUGUUUUUUCAAAUUUAUUGCAGUGGUUGUGCUUUUAAAGAUACAUUUUUUUCUUCUCCUGUUGUCAAAAACAAUAAAGCUGGUAUAAAUACUAGUGAAAUUAAUGUACGCAGUGUUAUGGCAUUCAGGGAGAUUGGCAGAGGCAGAGAUGCAAUGUUAACUUUUACCUCCAUAAUGAACAUGCCACCACCUUUAUCAAAACCUAGUUUUGACUGUAUUAAUAGCAAACUUUACGAUGCUUAUAAAUCAGUCGCUGAGCAAAGUAUGAAAAAUGCUGCUAUGGAAGCUAGGAGAAUACUGAAACCUGACUCUAAUAUGAAUGAUGUUAUUGAUUGUGGUAUUUCUAUUGAUGGUACCUGGCAGCGAAGAGGAUAUUCUUCUUUAAACGGUGUUGUGGUAGCAACGUCUCACGACAACAACAAAGUAUUGGAUACUGUUACAUUAUCUAAGUUUUGUAAAGGAUUUCAAAUUUGGGAAAGAAAAAAAGGGACACUCAAAUAUGAGCAGUGGAAAGUUAAUCAUUCCUGCCAAGUAAACCACACUAAAUCAGCUGGUGCGAUGGAGUCAGCUGGUGCAACAGAAAUAUUUUGCUCUUCAGUAAAUAAAUAUAACAUUCGCUAUUCUAAAUAUCUCGGAGACGGAGACACUACCUCGUUUAGCACAGUUAUUGCACAAAAACCUUAUGGUGAUGACCUUGUUCCAAUAAAACUAGAAUGUAUUGGGCAUUACCAGAAGCGUACAGGGAAUCGACUGCGUCUUAAAAGAAAAGAAUUACGACGGGUAAAACUAUCUGACGGAAAAAGUAUAUCUGGUAAAGGUCGUCUCACGGAUAAAGUAAUUAACAUCUUGCAAAACUAUGUUGGAAUGGCUAUUAGACAAAAUUCAAAUAGUCUUUUGGAAAUGAGGAACUCUGUAAUAGCUUCACUUCAUCAUUGCACUAAUUUUACCUCUGGAGAAUAUCGUCAUAUGUUUUGCACUAAGGGUGAAAAAAGCUGGUGUAAAUGGCAGUCUGAUAGAGCAACUGGUCAUGUUACAUACAAGAAAAAGGUGAAUUUACCCGUUGCCAUUAUGGAAAAGAUCAAGCCAGUAUUUCAAGAUCUAGCAAAUACUGGUAUGCUUGCAAAAUGUUUGCAUGGUAUGACUCAAAAUGGAAAUGAAGCGUUUAAUCAACUAAUUUGGAACCGAUCCCCUAAAACUAUAUUCACCUCUAAAGUUGUUGUUGAAAUGGCUGUUUACUCUGCAACCAUUACUUAUAAUGAUGGUUUUGCUAAGUUAUCUUCUGUAUUUGAUGCUCUUAAUAUUAAAUCUGGUAGUUACUUUGAAAUUGGUGCAAGUAAAAAAAACUCUAUACGGCUAAAAAAUAUGAACAAAAAAAUGUCAGAUGAAACAAAAAAAAAGAGAAAAAAAUUAAGAUCUGUUAGAAGAAACUAUUUUGGACAAAAAUUAGAUAAAGAAACUGCAAAAGAUUAUUGUGCUGGUGGUUUUUAAUGACUUAUCUGAGUAGUAUACAUGAUUUAUAAUUUUAAAAUUGAUUUUUCUCAAUUUUUGUUUUUUGUACGGGUAGCUGUAGCAAAACAAUGAUAUCUCAUUAAAAAAACAUUAUUUUAGCUUCAAAUUUUCAGG